AUGAUAUAUUGUGUUUUCUUUUUUAGAAAAUGCGACAAGGAGCCAGAUUGUGUGGCGAUAGGUAGCAGGCUUAGAGGCACGAUGGGUACCCGCCCUCCCGCUGCCUUCUGGCCCCAACUAUGGGCGACCGUCGUCAGGAAUCUGCUGCUCAAGAAACGGGACACCAGAAAAACUCUUGCCGAAGUCUUGGUUCCUUUAUAUUCUCUGGGUGUGUUGAUCUUCCUGAAAAUGUUGGUGCCGAACCCGAAUUUCCCCGAAGUACGGAAACCUGGUCGUCUGUUAAGGAUUCAUCACGAUGUCAUCUCGGAUAACCACUCGGUUGCCGUUGUGGCGGAUUGGGAAACUGCUAAUGGCACUUUGAGUUUCCUGGAUGACAUCAACUCUCUGCUCCGCGAGUCCGGACAACACCAAAUCCACUGGAUCCGCUACAACAAUACCACGGAACUCAACGACGCUUACCACAACAACGCCAAACAUUUUCCACUCGCAGUCAUCUUCCAUACAGACCCUGGAGCUUACGGAGAACCACUUAGAUACACAAUACGGACGAAUCCCUCCCGUGACGGCGGUACUCCUUCCACUCGAACCCUGAGUACUUCUCCAGCGAAAUGUCGCGAGCGUACAAAGUCAGAUAAGGACUGGUCUUCGGACUGGUCCCGCGGCGGUCAACUUAUCCCACUAUCGGAGAUGCAUCGCGAGGACACCUGCCCCGUGCUUCAAUAUUACUACACUGGCUUUCUAGCGCUACAGACAUUGAUCGACUACGUCAAGAUUAAGAUGGAGACUGGAGCGAAUUUCCUGCCUCCUCGUGUGGAUUUCCGUCAGUUUCCUAAGCGGCAGCACACUGGUGAUUGGCUUGUAAUCUUCCGCGUGAUCAUGCCUAUGUACAUGGUGAUGACGUUAUCACAGUUCAUCACAUACUUACUGAUGUUCGUGGUUGGGGAAAAGGAGAAGAAGAUCAGGGAAGGAAUGAGGAUCAUGGGAUUAAAGGACAGCGUUUAUUGGGGUUCUUGGUUCUUAAUCUACGCGGUGUUCGUCACAAUACUCUCCAUAGUCAGUACCGUUUUACUGUUCACUCUGAAGGUGUUCCAGCACUCUUCAUACAUCUUGAUCUUCCUUCUAAUGCUGUUAUUUGGUUUCACGAUCAUAACUUUUGCGUUCAUGCUAACUCCCUUCUUCGAUAAAGCCAGGACUGCUGGUAUCCUGGGCAGUUUCGCUGUCAACCUCAUGAGCGGUCUCUACUUCAUACAAGUGUUCGUCUCUAACGCUGACUCGUUAGCCUUUUGGUUCGUUUCCCUCAUCAGUUCCAGUUGCUAUGCUUUGGCUAUGGACAAGGCUUUGGUGCUUGAUAUGGCGGGUGUGGGAGUGACGUGGGAGAAUUUGUGGAGCGGCCCCGGGGUGCCGUUUGGGGGAAGUCUGAUCAUGAUGGCAUUGGACACCGUUUUAUAUGGACUGGCUGCGUAUUGGCUGGAUGCUGUUAUACCAGGCGAGUACGGCAUCAAACAGAAGCCGUGGUUCUGUCUUCUGCCAUCGUUCUGGUCGCCGAGGGCACGUGUAGCUCAACUGUUACACGAUGGAAAUGUUACCAAUAAUAAGGACAUCGAACCUGUACCCAAGGAACUACAAGAUAAAGAAGCGAUAAGGAUAGUUGGUCUUCAAAAGAGUUUCCGCCACUGCCGAAGACCAGAGGUCAAGGCUAUUGAUGGUAUUGACCUGAGUAUAUAUGAGGGUCAGAUCACGGCGGUGCUAGGUCACAACGGAGCUGGGAAGUCAACACUCUUCAACAUACUGACUGGCCUCACCUCUCCAACAGCUGGGACAGCUUAUGUCUAUGGUCUGGAUGUUCGGGAUCCUAACGACAUGCACGAGAUCCGUCAAAUGAUAGGAGUGUGCCCGCAGCAGGACGUGCUGUUCGACCUACUUUCCGUCAAAGAACAUCUCCAAUUCUUCGCGGCUGUUAAGGGUAUACCUCGUAAACGUGUUCCGGGUGAAGUUCAGAGAGCGUUAUCAGAAGUUGGUCUCUUGGAUCAAAUGCACGUGUUCUCCAAACAUCUUUCAGGAGGUCAGAAGAGAAAACUCAGCAUCGCUAUAGCUUUUAUAGGGGAUCCGAAGAUUAUAAUCCUGGAUGAGCCAACUGCUGGUGUGGACCCUGUCUCCCGUCGUCAGACUUGGCGCGUGUUACAACGAGCUCGUCGUGGAAGGGUGCUACUCCUCACCACUCACUUCAUGGAUGAGGCGGAUAUCCUGGGAGAUAGGAAGGCUGUUAUCAGCAAAGGACGGGUACGCUGUGCUGGUACGUCACUGUUUCUGAAGAACAAAUUCGGUAUUGGAUAUCAUCUGACGCUGGUACUAGACGGUGCAUGUCGUGAGCACCAGAUCACUCGCCUGGUCCGUGGUCAUGUUCCACGGGCGGAGAAGGCUCGUCGUCAUGGUCGUGAGCUCUCCUAUAUCCUACCGCAUUAUACCGUACAUCUGUUCCCGCCACUAUUUCAGGCUAUCGAGUUGGAGAUACGAGAGAAGACCAACAGACUAGGCAUCACAAGUUAUGGAGUAUCAAUGACGACCCUUGAAGAGGUGUUCCUCAGUCUCGAAGGAGAAAAUGCUGAGGAGACAGAAGCGGUCGAGGGAGUGUCUUCCGUGAAGCUAGUGAGGGCCCGCGCCCUCUCCAGAAGCUUGUCCCUCCAGAGCAAGACUUUAAGCUAUCAGGAAUUGAAUGACAAAGAGCAGCAGAAGACCACUUCUCUGCCAACUCCGGCCGCCUCUCACGCGCUCCACUCCACCACGCAUGGCGUCGAACACGUUAAGGUUACUCCUGAAGCACCAGUUUCUGUAGAUGCCCUCAGCGAAGCCCUAGUGACACGUCCAUCAUGUUGGCGCACAUUCUGCGCUCUCGUAUACAUCCGAACCGUGCGAAUGAUACGGGAUCCUUACAAGCUAUACGUCAUGAUCUUCAUGCCUAUCAUUUCCUGCGCUUUGGGUCUAUACAUGAAGUCUCGCCAGAUUGUAUUUUUUCGUAUGCAGCCACUCAAAUUGGAUCCCAACGCGUAUUUCAAUAAAACUCCGAUCGCCUUGUUUAGUGAAUCUGACAAUAUGGAACAAAUUGAUCAAUUCAGGGAUUCCUUGGAAACUUUCGGAGCUCAUCCCAUAGACAUGUUUGACGGGAACUUCUCUAGUUUACUGGAUAUGGAGAAUUUUGGAGCGUUUAGUUUGAAGGACAGCCUCGUAUCGUUUGGAAACAUAAUGGCGUACUACAAUAGUACAUACACACAUAGUUUGCCGAUUAUAAUAAACUUGUUGGACAACACUAUGUACAGGGUACUAAUGUCGUCAACGAACCAGUUGGACAACUUCCACCCUAUCGAGGUCCUCACACAUCCCUUCCAGCAGACCGAGCAGCAGGAGGAGUUCAAUCUUGGGAACGUAGUGUGCGCCAUCUUCAUGGGAAUGAUCUUCGCGCUAGUCCCAGUCACACUCGCUGUGGACAUUGUUUAUGAUAGAGAGAUAAAAGCCAAGAACCAGUUGCGGGUGAACGGCCUAUCUAUGAGCAUGUACUUCCUUACUUACUUCACUAUCCUCAUCUUCAUCAUGGUGGUUACUAGCGCUGGUGUACUAGCUCUGGUGAUGGUGAACGACAUCCCAAGCCUGACAAAUGGUUCCGCCAUCACGAUGCUCUGUUUCCUGCUGCUACUGUACAGCCCGUCCGCCAUUUUGUUCAAUACCUGCCUCUCAUACAUCUUCGACAAGAUGGACUCCGCUCAAAGCAUCAUGCCCAAUAUAACGACCUGGGUUGGCGUCAUACCGUUCAUUCUGGUCGCUGUUCUCGAUACAUUCAAAUGGGGUUCCAACAUAGCGUUCUAUCUCCAUCUAGUGUUCAGUUUUCUAGACGUUAUGUAUAUACCUUACGCCAUCAUAUACUAUGUUGAUAGGGUAUAUCUGACGUGUAAUCUCCGUGGGUUAUGCACGGUGCCGGACCUAAGCAGCUAUUUCACGGCGGAGGUUUGGGUCCUCAUCGCAGCUAUGUUACUACACGUCCCUGUCUGUGGGGCCGCGUUGUUGGCUGCUGAUAGACUCAAGUCUGGAGGGCGAUUAUGGCCGCGCAAGAGCAGUACAUCAGAGAAAGCGGACGUCGAGGCGGAAGUGGCGGACGGUCUAGAAGACGAGGAUGUGAGACGCGAGCGGCGUCGUGUCGGCGCUCUGCUGCACGCGCAACGCACGCAACAGGACAGCACACCGCCGGCGCUACUCGUUCAUAAUCUUCGUAAGGAGUACAAGCUUCGUAACUCUAGAAGUGGUGCUUGUUGUGGGGAAGGGGAAUCGUUACGGCGCGCGGCACUCGCUCGUUUGUCGCUGGCUGUGCACGGCGGCGAGGUGUUCGGUCUAUUGGGACACAAUGGAGCGGGGAAGACAACUACUAUGAAGAUCAUCACCGCUGAGGAGAGACUCUCAUGCGGCACCGUGAUGCUGGGCGGUCAGAACAUAGAGGAGGCUCAGUCCAGCGCGUUCCAGAUGCUAGGCUACUGUCCACAACACGACGCGCUCUGGAAGAACGUCACCAUCAGGGAACACAUCGAGUGUUACGCCGCUAUACGAGGAAUCAGCAAGGCUGACACACCUCGUAUCGUAGAGGCCUACCUCCACGGCCUCCAGAUCGCGGAGCACGCCGGUAAGAAUGCUGAAGAGUGUUCAGGAGGUACUAGAAGGAAGUUGUCCUUCGCGCUAGCGUUAGUUGGCUCACCAAGAGUAGCUCUUUUAGACGAACCUUCCACCGGCAUGGACCCUCGCAGCAAACGAUUCCUAUGGGACACCAUACUGGCGAGCUUCCAGGGCAAAAAAGGUGCUAUACUGACAACACAUUCCAUGGAAGAGGCUGAUGCUUUAUGUUCUAGAGUUGGGAUUAUGGUUAAGGGAGGUUUGAGAUGUAUCGGUUCCACGCAACAUUUGAAAAACCUGUACGGUGCGGGUUACACUUUAGAGAUGAAGAUAGGACAAAACAACCAGAAAUCUACGAUGUUAGAAACAGAUCUGUCUAUGACUCCAUCUCCUUUGCGAUCUCAAGACAAUUCUCCGUCUUUGGAAGAAGCUGAUGAAGCUGGCUCCGGUCAAGGUUCAGGUGGGGGUGACUGUGGCCGCGAGGGUGAUAUUGAGGGUGAAGUUGAGGGUGAGGGUGAGGCUGUGGAUGUCAGCAUUCACACACCGCUGGUCGGGAACACACCCUCCAUGAGACUGCAUCAUCAGCGUACUGAGUCUAGUGGUGGCGCGUGUGCUGAAGCAGCGAUAGCGCUGGUAGGCUCACUGUUCCCGGCCGCCACGCUCGAGGAGAGCUUCGCUGAGAGGCUCGUGUUCUCUGUACCACAGAGCUCUGUCUCCAGCCUCGCUAGUUGCUUCCAGCAGAUAGAGGAGGCUAAAGAAAAGCUGAACAUUGUGGAGUAUAGCUUCAGUCAGACAACCUUGGAGCAGGUUUUCUUGAAAUUUGCACAAACAGAGAACGUGGAGACAUCUGACCAAGAACAUUAG